AUGCAUCAGAAACAGCCACCAUGCAUCAGCAACAGUCACAGUCAAACAGCAACAAUCACCGUCCAUCAGCAACAGUCACCUUCCAACAGCAACAGUCACCAUGCAUCAAAAACAGCCACCAUGCAUCAGCAACAGUCACCCUCCAACAGCAACAGUCACCAUGCAUCAGAAACAGCCACCAUGCAUCAGCAACAGUCACCGACCAACAGCAACAGUCACCAUGCAUCAGAAACAGCCACCAUGCAUCAGCAACAGUCACCAUCCAUCAGCAACAGUCACCAUCCAUCAGCAACAGUCGACUUCCAACAGCAACAGUCACCCUCCAAAAGCAACAGCCACCAUGCAUCAGCAACAGUCACCGACCUACAGCAACAGUCACCGACCAACAGCAACAAUCACCGUCCAUCAGCAACAGUCACCUUCCGACGGCAACAGUCACCAUGCAUCAGAAACAGCCACCAUGCCUCAGCAACAAUCAACGUCCAACAGCAACAGUCACCGUCCAUCAGCAACAGUCACCAUCCAACAGCAACAGUCAUCAUGCAUCAGAAACAGCCACCAUGCAUCAGCAACAGUCACCAUGCAUCAGCAACAGUCACAAUCCAACAGCAACAGUCACAAUCCAACAGCAACAGUCACCAUCCAACAGCAACAGUCACCGUGCAUCAGCAACUGUUACCAUGCAUCAGCAACAGUCACUGUCCAACAGCAACAGUCACUGUCCAACAGCAACAGUCAACUUCAAACAGCAACAAUCAGCGUUCAUCAGCAACAGUCACAGUCCAACAGCAACAGUCACCAUCCAACAGCAACAGCCAUCUUCAAACAGCAACAUUCACCUUCAAACAGCAACAGUCACCGUGCAUCAGCAACAGUCACCAUGCAUCAGCAACAGUCACCGUCCAACAGCAACAGUCACCAUCCAUCAGCAACAGUCACCCUCCAACAGCAACAGCCACCACGCAUCAGAAACAGCCACCAUGCAUCAGAAACAGCCACCAUGCAUCAGCAACAGUCACCAUGCAUCAGCAACAGUCACCAUGCAUCAGCAACAGUCACCAUGCAGCAGCAACAGUCACCAUGCAUCAGCAACAGUCACCUUGCAUCAGCAACAGUCUCCUUGCAUCAGCAACAGUCACCAUCCAACAGCAACAGUCACCUUCAAACAGCAACAAUCACCAUCCAACAGCAAUAGUCAUCUUCAAACAGCAACAGUCAGCGUUCAUCAGCAACAGUCACAGUCCAACAGCAACAGUCACCAUCCAACAGCAACAGUCAUCUUCAAACAGCAACAUUCACCUUCAAACAGCAACAGUCACCUUGCAUCAGCAACAGUCAACGUGCAUCAGCAACAGUCACCAUGCAUCAGCAACAGUCACCCUCCAACAGCAACAGUCACCAUCCAUCACCAACAGUCACCCUCCAACAGCAACAGCCACCAUGCAUCAGAAACAGCCACCAUGCAUCAGCAACAGUCACCGACCAACAGCAACAGUCACCAUGCAUCAGAAACAGCCACCAUGCAUCAGCAACAGCCACCAUGCAUCAGAAACAGCCACCAUGUAUCAGCAACAGUCACCAACCAACAGCAACAGUCACCAUGCAUCAGCAACAGUCACCAUUCAACAGCGACAGUCACCUUCCAACAGUAACAGUCACCAUGCAUCAGAAACAGUCACCAUGCAUCAGCAACAGUCACCAUUCAACAGCGACAGUCACCUUCCAACAGCAACAGUCACCAUGCAUCAGAAACAGCCACCAUGCAUCAGCAACAGUCACCGACCAACAGUAACAGUCACCAUGCAUCAGAAACAGUCACCAUGCAUCAGAAACAGCCACCAUGCAUCAGCAAGAGGCACCGACCAACAGCAACAGUCACCAUGCAUCAGAAACAGCCACCAUGCAUCAGCAACAGUCACCAUGGAUCAGCAACAGUCACCAUGCAUCAGCAACAGUCACCAUGCAUCAGCAACAGUCACCAUGCAUCAGCAACAGUCACCUUGCAUCAGCAACAGUCACCAUCCAACAGCAACAGUCAUCUUCAAACAGCAACAGUCAUCUUCAAACAGCAACAGUCACCGUGCAUCAGCAACAGUCACCAUGCAUCAGCAACAGUCACCGUCCAACAGCAACAGUCACCGUCCAACAGCAACAGUCACCAUGCAUCAGAAACAGCCACCAUGCAUCAGCAACAGUCAAAGUCCAACAGCAACAAUCACCAUGCAUCAGCAACAGUCACCGACCAACAGCAACAGUCACCAUGCAUCAGCAACAGUCACCAUGCAUCAGCAACAGUCACCUUGCAUCAGCAACAGUCACCAUCCAACAGCAACAGUCACCUUCAAACAGCAACAAUCACCAUCCAACAGCACCAGUCAUCUUCAAACAGCAACAGUCAUCUUCAAACAGCAACAGUCAUCUUCAAACAGCAACAGUCACCGUGCAUCAGCAACAGUCACCAUGCAUCAGCAACAGUCACCAUGCAUCAGCAACAGUCACCGUCCAACAGCAACAGUCACCGUUCAUCAGCAACAGUCACAGUCCAACAGCAACAGUCACCAUCAAACAGCAACAGUCAUCUUCAAACAGCAACAUUCACCUUCAAACUGCAACAGUCACCAUGCAUCAGCAACAGUCACCGUCCAACAGCAACAGUCACCGUCCAACAGCAACAGUCACCGUCCAACAGCAACAGUCACCAUCCAUCAGCAACAGUUACCUUCCAACAGCAACAGUCACCCUCCAACAGCAACAGCCACCAUGCAUCAGAAACAGCCACCAUGCAUCAGCAACAGUCACCGACCAACAGCAACAGUCACCAUGCAUCAGAAACAGCCACCAUGCAUCAGCAACAGUCAAGGUCCAACAGCAACAGCCACCAUGCAUCAGAAACAGCCACCAUGCAUCAGAAACAGCCACCAUGCAUCAGCAACAGUCACUGACCAACAGCAACUGUCACCAUGCAUCAGAAACAGCCACCAUGCAUCAGCAACAGUCAACGUCCAACAGCAACAAUCACCGUCCAUCAGCAACAGUCACCAUUCAACAGCGACAGUCACCUUCAAACAGCAACAGUCACCAUGCAUCAGAAACAGCCACCAUGCAUCAGCAACAGUCACCCUCCAACAGCAACAGUCACCAUGCAUCAGAAACAGCCACCAUGCAUCAGCAACAGUCACCGACCAACAGCAACAGUCACCAUGCAUCAGAAACAGCCACCAUGCAUCAGAAACAGCCACCAUGCAUCAGCAACAGUCAACGUCCAACAGCAACAAUCACCGUCCAUCAGCAACAGUCACCUUCCAACAGCAACAGUCACCGUCCAACAGCAACAGUCACCAUGCAUCAGAAACAGCCAUCAUGCAUCAGCAACAGUCACCCUCCAACAGCAACAGUCACCAUGCAUCAGAAACAGCCACCAUGCAUCAGCAACAGUCACCGACCAACAGCAACAGUCACCAUGCAUCAGAAACAGCCACCAUGCAUCAGCAACAGUCACCGACCAACAGCAACAGUCACCGACCAACAGCAACAGUCACCAUGCAUCAGAAACAGCCACCGUCCAUCAGCAACAGUCGACUUCCAACAGCAACAGUCACCCUCCAACAGCAACAGCCACCAUGCAUCAGCAACAGUCACCGACCAACAGCAACAGCCACCAUGCAUCAGCAACAGUCACCUGCCAACAGCAACAGUCACCAUGCAUCAGAAACAGCCACCAUGCAUCAGCAACAGUCACCAUCCAACAGCAACAGUCACCAUCCAAAAGCAAGUCACCAUCCAACAGCAACUGCCAGCCUUCCAGAGCAACCGAGUCACCAUUACCAUAGCAAGUUCCAAGAGAUACUAAUAUGUGUCAUCAGUUCAGCCAUUUGA